AUGAACCAGGUCCAUGGUGACCUAGAAAGAGCAAAAAGAAGGCAAGGCUGGAGACAGGCAUGGAGACCAGACUACUGCACAGACCUAAGGCCACCUGUAAGAGCUGAAACCAGCCUGGAGACCAGCCACCAUCUCAGGGGCACAGAAAUGGGCUGGAAAUGGCGCUUUGGGGGUGAAAACGACGCGUCUCCCCCACAAAAGGGCGGGCGGUUCCCGCCAGAGGGCGCCGCGGCGCCGCCGCUGAGGCGGCCCCAGGCCCGGCGUGGGCCCGGCCUCGACGCCCCGUCACCUCCCGGCGCUUCCUUUUUCACCUGUUCCCCUCCUUUUUUACCUGUUUUUUACCCUCAUUUUUUUAAUCCCCUGUCAGACCGCGGCCCCGGUGAGCUUGAAGAUGCUGUAACCGGUGGAUGCUGGUGGCAGUUUGGCUGUGGAGACCUGGAAAAAUUGAGGUUCAUUUAUGAGGUUGGAAGUAACUGUGAAACGGAGCAUCCGUCCAGAUGCCGAGGUCUUUUGACGGAGGAUAUUGAGUGCCGUCAAAUUUAUGUCACCUGUCGCAAUGGAAGAGUAGACCAAGCGCUCUCCCUGGGCUUCCUGCUGGGUUGGCUAGCUGGGGACCUGACAGAUCUUACAGGCUGCUAUUUAACAAAUCAACUACCAAUUCAGAUUGUCAGUGCCAUCUUUUAUGUUAAUAUGGAUAUAAUUAUGAUUUCACAGUUUGACUACUACAAGCUCAAGAAUCAAAAGAUGCCAAGAUACAGCACAACCCUAAAGAAUUUCUGUAUAAGCUGGAGCUUGGUGUGUGUAACACUGCAUGUUAUUUUACCCUGUUGGCUGUUAUUAAGAAACCAAGACCAGAGCAUAGGCUUAGAAGCAAGAAAUGUGACUUUGCAGUUCGUAAGGUAUCGUCAGCAGAGCCGAGGACGAGGCGGUGCCGGCGCCCUGGGAACAAACCCUUGCUCACGAGUGGGAGAGCCCGGAGGGCCUCGUUGUCACCCAAGUGUAUUUGUGGAUUACUUCAACAAACAGCUAAGUUUGCUCUUCCUUACAGGCCAAUCUUAUUCCUUCUGUUACUUAUUUUGUUAUUACUUAUUCAUAGUUGAUAUGAAGAUAAUAGAUUUCAUGUUUACUAUUUAUACACUGUACACCCGCGAUUAUCAAACUUGCCUGGGUAGUGAUUGA